AUGGCCAGUUCCUCUUCCCGGGUGCAGCCGAAUUGGCAUGCUCCAUCUUCUGCUGAGAACAAUUCUAAUAAACCUGUUUUAAAAUUAUACAAUUCGUUGACCAAAACCAAGACUGAAUUCGUACCUAAACGUCCAGGUCACGUUAGCUGGUACAACUGCGGCCCUACCGUCUACGAUGCAGCUCAUAUGGGUCACGCUAGAACUUACUUGAGUAUGGAUAUUAUCCGACGUGUCAUGGAGUCAUAUUUUGGAUAUCAAGUUCAAUUUGUCCAAAACGUUACAGAUAUUGAUGAUAAGAUCAUUUUGCGAGCACGCCAACAAUAUUUGUUCAACAACCUUAAAAACUCGACGGAAAGCCUAAACAACGAACUUAUUGAGAGAGUCGAGAAGUACUGGAACGACUAUGCAACAUCCAAACUCUCUGCCGUGAAAGGCGCUGCUUCUGAGGCGACAUCCGAUUGGACAGCUUUCGUUGCAAUGAUGACUCCCGAGGCAUUGGCUAAGGCUGUCUUGGUCGAUGAGAAGUUCAAAAUGCAUUUCACUGCUCUUCAAGCGUCUCGGGCUGCCAUUGAUGUUGCAAAGUGUGCAUUAGCUCAGGGUAACAACGCCAAGCAGAGCGCAGAGGUUCUGUUGGAUACGUCACAGGAUAUUGUCUCGUUAGCGUUGGAUAAGACUGAAGGAGAAGCAGUGACUGACUCCAAGAUCUUCCGUGAACUGUCGUCGUAUUGGGAAGAUAUGUACUUUAAGGAUAUGAAGGCAUUGAAUGUUCUUUCACCAAGUGUGAAAACACGUGUAAGCGAAUUCGUUCCUGAAAUUGUCACCUACGUCAAAAAGAUCAUUGCAAACGGAUACGCAUACGAAGCAGACGGCUCAGUUUAUUUUGAUACCGCACGCUUUGACGGACACGAAGGACACCACUAUGCUAAACUCGAACCAAAGUCCAAGGGUGAUAUUGCUCUGAUCGAAGAUGGUGAGGGUUCGCUGGGCACUAAACUUCAAGGCAAGCGAAGCCAGAACGAUUUUGCAUUGUGGAAAGCAUCUAAACCCGGAGAGCCCGUGUGGGAUUCACCUUGGGGUAAGGGUCGACCUGGCUGGCAUAUUGAGUGCUCUGUCAUGGCAAGCGCUGUGCUUGGCGACAAUAUGGAUAUCCACUCUGGCGGUGUCGAUUUGGCAUUCCCUCAUCAUGACAACGAAUUGGCACAGUCGGAGGCGCAUUACAACUGCCCACAAUGGGUCAAUUACUUCUUGCACGCCGGCCAUUUGCAUGUCGAAGGACAAAAGAUGAGCAAGAGUCUGAAGAACUUUAUCACAAUUCAAGAAGCACUAAAGACAUAUUCGCCCCGCCAAUUGCGUAUCUUUUUCUUGGCCCACCAGUGGAACACCAAAAUGGAUUUCAAACAGUCGGGUAUGCAGGAAGCUGUCGGCAUGGAAACCACUAUGAAGAAUUUGUUUGAUAAUGUGGCUGCAUUGAGCGACCGUAUUCGAUCUGAUGGAUCCCGUGGCUCUACAAUUUUGCCCAACGGUGACAUUUCUCACCGCUGGAGAGAUGAUGAGAACGAACUCAGCACCUUCUUCCAAGAACGUGUCGAUGGUGUUCAUUUUGCACUUUGCGACUCAAUCAACACGCCUGUUGCCAUGGAUGAAAUAAUGUCUUUGAUCAACCAGACCAACAAGUACCUUGUUAAGGGUGCUGCCUAUGUAAACAUUGAUUUACUGGAAGAUAUUACUAGCUGGAUUAGCCGAAUGAUGGAGAUUUUUGGUGUCGAAAUGGGUGACAAUGCCAAAUCCAACGCUGGUGCAGACAAAGAAUUUUUAAUGCAAUGCCUGCGUACGCUAUCAUCAUUCCGAGACAAGGUCCGACAACUUGCCCUCGACAAGAAAGAUCCCAAGGAAUAUCUCAAACUCUCCGACGAACUUCGGGAUGUCCAACUGGCAGAGCUUGGUGUUGCUUUAGACGAUCAAAAAGAUGGCACUGCACUGGUAAAAAUACUGACACCUGAAGAAGUCAAGAAGGCCCGUGACGAAAAGUUGGCUCAGCAAGCUGCUAAAGCUGCUCAGGCUGCUGCUGCCAAGGCCCAGCGACUGCAGAAAGGAUGGGAUCGAUUGCAGAAGGGUAAAAAGUCCCCAGAGGACAUUGAAAAGGAACGAAAACAGGAGAAUCCUGAAAUGUCCAAGAAUCAAGUGAAAAAACUUGCCAAGGAGAUGGAUGUCCAGAAGGGACUGCAUAGUGAAUACCAAAAAUACGAAGCAUUCCUGAAAGAGUCUGGUGAGCCGGACAGUCUCGAAGGAUACGAAGCAUAUCUCAAACACACGAAAUAAAAACGGAUGAAUCUUUUUUGUAAAUUACUUCAAUGAUAGAAAGAGGGAGAGAGAGAGAGAGACUAUAUAUAUUAUACUAUUUGUUUUCAAAUUUACAAAAAAAGACAGGGUACUAUUAGGAACUGAGUCUUUGUUACGAGUGAGUGAGGGAGGGAGUGGAGAGACAGAUGAUGUACUAAGGUAUGGGACAAGAGUAAGGGAAAACUUAGUAGGAGAGAGAGAGAGAAUGCGGAUGAUGCUUGAGUGUGAUGAUGUGUGGUAUAAGUGAAUCAUCGAGAUCGCCACUGGCUC